GGCUGCGCCUUGGUGGGAGAGGACGAGCUUCUCAUGUCGGGGACCGGAGCUGUGUGGAGCCGAGUUCGGAGCCGGAUACAGAGCUUUCCGGAGAGGCUGGCGACCUGUGGGGUAGAGGCCGCGGCUUAUGGGAAGUGUGUCCAGGCCGCCACGGCCCCUGGCCGGGACCUGAAGAGGAACGUUUGUGCCAAGGAGUUUGAGGCCCUGCGGAAUUGCUUCGUGGCGGUUGCCAAGAAGACCUUGAACUGAUGUGUUAGGAUGGGUUUUGAAUCGGUGGAAUUUACCUUCCAUUUGGUGCUACCCAUCAGCAUGAAGUCAGAUUUUACCUACAGCAUCAAAGCGAACACCUGAAGCUCUUAGAAGUGAAGCAAAAGUGUUUCUUUGUUUUAAGAAUGUGCAUGUGCACACUUGCACACACUCAUACACAUAUUAUGUAUAUGCUCACAUACACACAUAAAAACUGAACAGAACUAGCAAGGAUGGUGGUAGGAGUUAUUUUGCAAACUUUGUAUAAAUAAAGAUUUUGGUUAGAGUGGGAUCUAAUUUAAUUAAACAUAAAGUCUUGAGUUUAAAUUUAGCUGUAUAAGUA